AUGUUCGUAAAAAUUUUAUUAAUUUAUUUGUUUGUUACAGGAAUUAUAUGUGAUAUUGAAAUGAAUUUAACUCGUACAUUAUUAAAUGCAGAUGUUUAUGAUAAAUCUAUUCGACCGGCUUUAAAUCAUCGAGAUGUAACAAAUGUUUCAUUUGAUUUAUCACUUGCUCAAUUAAUUGAUGUAGAUGAAAAAAAUCAAAUCAUAACAACAAAUCAAUGGAUAACUAUGAUUUGGCGUGAUCCAAAAUUAAGAUGGAAUCCAUUAGAUUGGGAUAAUGUUAGUUUACUUCAUAUUAAAUAUGAUAAAGUUUGGUUACCUGAUAUUGUUUUAUACAAUAAUGCUGAUAAACUUGCUUCAUUAAGUCAAAUAUCAACAAAUGUUAUGGUUUCUUCUGACGGUAUAAUUACAUGGUUAUCAACAGGUAUUUUUCAAAGUUCAUGUUCAAUUGAUGUUCGUUAUUUUCCAUUUGAUGAACAAAAUUGUACAUUAAAAUUUGCAUCAUGGACUUAUGAUAGUGCUCGAAUUGAUUUAACACAAAAAUCAAAUAUUGGUGAUUUAAGUAAUUUUAUGGCAAAUUCAGAAUGGGAAAUUAUUCGAGUACAUAUCAAAAAAAAUGUUGUUAAAUAUUCAUGUUGUGAAGAAACAUUUCCUGAUCUAACUUAUACAAUACAAAUGUGUCGUCGUCCAUUAUUUUAUGUAUUUAAUAUGAUGCUUCCAUGUUUUCUUAUAACAAUUGUUGCUUUUCUUGGUUUUUGUGUUCCAUCUGAUAGUGGAGAAAAAGUUUCAAUUGGUGUAACAACACUUCUUUCAAUGACAGUUUUUCUUAUGCUUGUUGCAGAAAGUAUGCCACCAAAUUCAGAUGCAUUACCAUUAAUUGUUCAAACAAUUAUUCUUUCAGGUGUCUAUUAUCUUUCGGCAAUUAUUAUUGUAAGUAUAGCAACAGCUAUGUCUGUUGCUUCACUUAAUUUAUAUCAUCAUGGUAAAAGAAAUAUUUAUCCUGUACCAAAGUGGAUAGCUCAAUUAUUUUUUUUUAUUAUUCCUAAACUUCUUUUUAUGAAUAUUGAUUUAUCUGCACAUUGGCAACAACGACAAAAUAGUAUUCGUAAUUCUACGCCAAUAUCAUCAAGAAAAAAUCGAUAUAAAUAUAAUUAUACAAAUACAACAAAAAAAACAAAUUCAUUACAUAAUGGUCCAAUAACAUUUGAUGAUGAAUCUUUUGAACAUGAUAAAAUAACAGUAACAUCAUCUGAUAAUAUUCAUAAAUCAUCAGUAUCACUUAUUCUUCGUCCUUAUACAUCUAAACAACAAAUACAAAAAUCUACUACUACUACUACUAAUAAUAAUAAUGUUAAAUCAUCAAUUCAUUAUAUACAUCGUCUUAUUGAAAAAAAUGAACAUCGAUGUGAAGAACAAGAACAUAAAAUAAGAAUUGUACAAGAAUGGCAAAUAUUAGGACAAGUUGUUGAUCGUUUACUUGUUUAUAUAUUUUUAAUUUGUACAAUUCUUGUAUUUGGUUUUAUUUUACUUCAAGCACCACGUUUAAGAUUAAAAUAA